UUAAUAUAACGAUGGCAGGAAUAGUGCUCCUAGAGGCGACUGAUCUUUACAAUUUAUUAAAUGCAGCGACUAUAUAUCCAUGUUUAAGCGACCCGAAUUAUAUGAUGCUUCUUGAUGCUAGAAAGAAGCAUGAAUACAAUGAGAGUCAUGUGGUAACCUCCAAAAAAGCUCCCAAGAAUGAAAAUGGGGACUUCACAGUGCCAUAUGGAGCUGAACUUGAGUGCAAACAGCAUGUGGUGGUAUAUGAUGGCAACACAGACAGCUUAAAAGAUACAGAAAGCCCUGCAUAUCAGUGUGCAAGUGUGAUGGCUGAAACAAGUAGGAAUCCUGUAAACAUACUUAAAGGAGGUUAUGAAGAUUUUUCAGCACUAUAUCCAUUUCUCAGGACACAGAAGAUAAUUUUCAUGCCCCAGGAAAUGGAUAAUUUGAAAACGUAUCCCAUUGAGGUUAUUCCAGGUUUCCUAUACAUGGGAAAUAUGAGACAAGGCAAUGCAGCUUAUAUACAGAAAGAUCUCAAGGUCAAGGGUCACAUCAACUGCUGUGUUGAACCUGGAGAGAUUUUCAAGGAACAAGGCCCGCAACUCUUACAUAUUCCUGUUGAGGACAAUGAAGAGGCAGAUAUGUAUUCACAGUUUAAGGAAGCAUGUACUUUUCUUGACGAGCACAGAAAUGGGAAUCGUGUUGUUCUUGUGUAUUCUGCCAGAGGAAUCAGCAGAAGUGCUUGCAUUGUGAUGGCAUACCUAAUGCACCACAAUAAAUGGACACUUAAGGAAGCCUACCAGCAUGCACUACGGUGUAGUCCUACAGUGCGACCUAACAGGGGGUUUGUAGAACAGCUAGCAAAGUGGGAAGAAGAAGUGUUAGGCCAAAAGACUACGGAUAUUAGUGAUCCUAAUUUCUAAUAGACGAAUUCUCAUGAGGCAAAUGUUAGCAAGCACUGCUAUAUAUAUAUGCUGAGAAAGUAAAAUCAUUAAAAUUUUUAUGUCAAACUUCUUCAGUUGCAUAUCAUGGAAUACAGUCCUGAAGUUUGAGACAUCUGAGGAGUUGGAAAGCAAGUGAUAAAACAGCAAGAAAAUUGUUGGAUUACACAGUGCUCUUCUCGGAUAAGAGUCUAUAAUGCAAGAACUUGGGAGAGGUUGCAUCAGGGCUACUAAGUACUUACAGCAUGUUGACAUGCACAAACUGUUUAUUUUUGAUUAAUAUAAAUUUUGUACAUUUUGUAAAUAUUUUCUUUUAAUCACAU